CAUCAAUUGGGCAGAGCGCUCAAAAAAUAAAAAUGAAACACAUUUCCUUUUUAACUCAAAUAACGGUGCUUUCAGCCAUCAUUGGAUGUAUCUCAUGCGGUAAAGAUGAUAAUAAGGUUACAGUUAUAAAUGAGAACAACUGGUCAGACAUUUUGAAAGACGAAUGGUUCGUAGAAUUUUAUGCGCCAUGGUGCCCGGCAUGCAGGCAGCUAGAGGAGACAUGGGACAAGGUGGCUGGGUGGCAGAAAGACUUCAGUGUGACUAUUGCUAAGUCUGAUAUAACAGAGAAUCCUAGUCUAAGUGGAAGAUUCCUUAUCACAGCAUUACCUACUAUAUACCAUGUAAAAGAUGGUGUGUUCAGGCAGUAUAAAGGCGAGCGUUCAGAACAUGCGCUUAUCACAUUCCUCGAUGAGAAAAAGUAUGAAAUGUUGGAGCCAAUAGCUUGGUACUGGAGCCCAUCCUCACCACAAAUGGCUGUUGUUGGAAUGCUAUUCAAAGCUGCAAUGAUCAUCAGGAAUAUACAUACAACAAUGACGGAGACAUAUGGUGUCCCAGAGUGGGGGAGUUACGUCCUGUUUGGCAUUGCAACUAUAUGUGCAGGACUAGUGCUUGGCCUGCUUUUAGUGUGCCUAUGUGACUGUAUGUGUCCCCCUAGACCCAGCUAUAGACCUCCUCAGGAAUACUUUGCUAACCCCGACAAACGACAUAAAGAUACAUCCUCAGAGGAAAGUGAAGAAGGAACAGAUGAUGAUCUACUAGAUGAUACUGCAGAGUCAACCACACGAAAGAGGCAACCAUCCAAGAUGGACUCACUCUAAAAAAGUGCUCACCUUAUAAAUAUUUUCUUUUUUAAAUUGUGCCCAUAUUGUAUGCAAAGAAAUUUCAAUGCCAAAGCCAUGGUCUAAAUAUAUGUGAGACAUGUAAAGACAAAGGGGUAUAUAAUUUCAUUGGUUGACUUCAUUCGCACAUUUUAUUUGUAAGAAUUGUCAAAUGAAGUUUUUAUGCUCCUGAAAAUUUUGAUUUGUGCAUCUCUUUAUCUCAUGACAUUUGUGUUCCCUUUAGUCUUGAAAAUUCAGCUAUAAAGGGCAAUAAGAUAGAGGCCUAUAUACAAUUGUUAAAUAGGGCUGUUAUGACAGCCAUCGUGGAACCUAAAAUUAGAAAUAGCAGUCACCAAUAAGUCGCUUUAUAUUAUUUUUAUAACUAUGUAAAAACCCAAACUUGUAGUCAAUAGGCUGUUUAAUGCAUUCACCAAUUUGUUUAAUGCAUUCGCCAAUUUGUUUAAUGCAUUUUUGAAUUUGUUUAAUGCAUUUACUUCUCUUUUAUUUUGGAUUUUGUUUACUUUAAAUUGAAUCCUGUGAUUACUUUUACAAUUAAUAAAUAAUGGUUUUGUAUUUGUAGAAAUAUACUAAAACCAUUGACUUUUAUUACAUGGUUUUCUUUAGAAAAACCCCAAUUAAAACUAUAAACUGACAUUUGUACAUAUUAUGGGGAUUACACAGGAAUACAUGUAUAAGUCAUAUGCAACGAAGCCUGAGUUGAUUUCAGAGCAAAAAUGAGUUUGAAAUAGAAGGGCAUUCCAUUUUGUGAAUAAUUUUCAUUGCACAUUACGUAGAAUUUAAAAUGGAUGGUUAUGAUAAAAGAGUCAUAUAUUAACUAUUGGAGUUUUAAUUCAGCAUCUUAUCAUAUACUUUGCAAACUGUGCUCAGAAUUAUAUGUUUGAAUCAGUAUAUAAAGUAGGCCUAUUCACAUAUUUUCAAUUGUUUCUUGGUGAUAUGUUUUCAUGUGCUUUGAAAUGUACAUUAUGGAAAAUACUUUUUAUUCUAUGAAAUAUUGGCUGUGUAAGUUGUAUUGUAUAAAAAUAAUAUUUAAAUACACUGGGGGUUUACUGUUAUACUGUACAGCAUAUUGUCAAUCUUUGUAGCUCAUAAUAUUGUACAAUAGUGUAAAAUAGAUUAUUUGUAUACAUGUAUGCAUAUUGUGUCAUUUUAUAAAGAUAAAUAUGUUGAAAAGUAA